GAGCCUGAUUCUUCCAAGAGAAUCCUUCCAGAGAAAGAGCAGGAGCAGAUUGAGUUAUCAGAGAUGCCAUGCCAGACUCAGGGAGAGCUGAGAGCCCGAGAGCAGGAAGAGCAGCUCAGGCAGCAGGUGGAAGAGCCACAGGAGAAUGGCCAGAACUUGAAGGAACAGCUGGACACAGACUUUCAGAAAGCUCACGCUAAGAUCAUGGCAAGGGAGAAGAGGCAGGAGGAAGAAAUGAAAAUCAUCAGAGAAAAACUUAAUCCCCUCCCUCAGGCUCUACAAAAGCAAGUGCAAGUGUUGACAUCUCACCGGGCAGCCGGCAAAGACUUCCGGCAAAUGAGUGGCAAUGAAGAGCCCCGAGGCGAGCGUGAGGCACAGGAACUGUCCCCACCAAAGGUGCUACAGAUCUACAAGGGCUUUGUCACCAAACCUGCUGCAGCAGCAGCAUGGUCUAAAGGAGCCUUUGCUCUCCACCCUGAGAAGCGGAGCCGGGGCGGUUUGUUCAUCUCCAGUGCUGACCCAGCUGCUGCUCAGCAACAGGAGAUCAAGGAUGACUCCCUGGAGCUACGGAGGAAAAUAGUGAACAUGGAAAAUCCUGUGAUGAAAUACACGGAACUGGAACAUAUUGGCAGAGGGACUUUUGGAGAUGUUUGCAUAGCACUUGACAAUGCCACAGGAGAACAGGUGGCCAUAAAGAAAAUAAAUCUCCAAGAACUGAGGAAGAAGGAACUAAAAGUCAAUGAACUCACGGUCAUGAAGCCAAAUAAGAAUCCCAACCUGGUCAACUAUUUAGACAGCUACCGUGUGGAUGGGCAGCUCUGGCUGGUCAUGGAGUACAUGGACGGAGGCACUCUGAGCGAUGUCAUCAGCGAGACCUACCUGUCUGAAGACGAGAUGGCAGCCAUCAGUCGGGAGUGCCUGCAAGGCCUGGAUUUUCUUCACUCGAACCAUGUGAUCCACCGAGAUGUGAAGAGCAGCAACAUCCUUCUCAGAACCGACGGCUCUGUCAAGCUGGCUGACUCUGGCCUCUUUGUUCAGCUCACCCCUGAGCAGAGUCAACGGAGCUCAGUGGCCAGCACUUCUGGGUGGAUGGCGCCUGAAGUGGUGACAGGUCAACCAUGUGGCCCCAAAGUGGACAUAUGGUCUCUUGGAAUCGUGGGCAUCGAAAUGGCGGAAGGAGAAGUUCCUUACUGGAAUGAAACUCCUGUUUCGCACAUCAGCAUCUGCUGUCGAUUUGGUUGCAUCAGAAGGGAAGAGGAAGGUAACCAGUUCAGAAACCUAACCAGUUCAGAAACCUGCCAUUUUGGCCUCCAGCCAUGCCUGACAUUUUUCACUUGCUUUUUGAACAAUGUUGGAGCUCUGUCUCUGAACCUCAACUCCUGA